UGUAUGCGCUUCCUGUGUUGUGAGGUGAUUCCCGCUUGCCGGCACCAGGUGGCAGCACAGAGCACACACAUUGACAGAUUCGCGUUACGCCGGUGCCUGGGUGUUUUGCUGCUCGCUGCGCCCCGUACUCCGGCUGCUCCGGUAGUUGCACUUUGUACCGGCUCUGUUCAUCCGUUCAUCACCCCGGGACGGUCUUUCCCGUGUCCGGCCACCGAGCAUGGCCUCCAGCGGCUCCAUCCAGAUCCCCCGCCGCCUGCCCCUGUUGCUCACACAGGACGGGGUGCUGCUACCCGGUUCCAGCAUACGGUGCAGUGUGGACACCCCCGGGAACAUGGAGCUGGUGCGGAGCCGCCUGCUGCGGGGAACCACUCUGAAGAGCACCAUCAUCGGGGUCAUCCCCAACACCAGGGACCCGGCCUCUGACAGCGAGGAGAUGCCCACCAUGCACAGGAUUGGGACGGCAGCUCUUGCCGUGCAGGUUGUCGGGAGUAACUGGCCAAAACCCCAUUACACCCUGCUGGUGACCGGCCUGUGCCGAUUCCAAAUUCUGGAUAUCCUGAAGGAGCGACCUUAUCCCAUCGCGGAUGUGGAGCAGCUGGAUCGCCUGGAGCAGCUCAGCGGGAAAACGGAGUUCAAGGAGGCGCUGGGCGAACUUUCCGAGCAGUUCUACAAUUACGCGGUGCAGCUGGUUGAUAUGUUGGAUAAUUCGGUGCCUGCAGUCGCUAAACUGAAGCGGUUAUUGAAUAAUCUUCCCAGAGAACUACUGCCCGACGUCCUGACAUCCAUAAUCCGGACCACCAAUCAGGAAAAGCUGCAGAUUCUGGACGCUGUUGGGAUGGAAGAAAGGUUCAAAGUGACCAUUCCACUGCUGCUGCGGCAGAUCGAAGGGUUAAAACUGCUGCACAAAACCCGGAACCCCAAAAUAGAUGAUGACAAAAGGGUGGUAGCUAUUCGCCCCCUGAGGCGGCUCGGCGGGAUCUCCGGUAAAGCGUUUACUUUGGAGAACGCUGAGGAUGAGGACGAUGACUCAGAUGACAUGAUCAUGCUGGAGAGGAAGAUCAAGUCCUGUAACAUGCCCGAGCCAGCGCUGAAGGUCUGCGUGAAGGAGAUGAAGAGGCUGAAGAAGAUGCCGCAGUCCAUGCCCGAGUACGCCUUAACCAGGAACUACCUGGAGCUGAUGACUGAGCUGCCGUGGAAUAAAAAUUCUACAGAUCGCUUGGAUAUUCGAGCUGCCAGGAUCCUGCUGGAUAACGACCACUAUGCCAUGGCAAAACUGAAAAAGCGGGUCCUAGAGUACCUGGCCGUCCGCCAGCUGAAGAACAACUUGAAGGGCCCCAUCCUUUGCUUUGUGGGACCUCCUGGAGUGGGCAAAACCAGCGUGGGAAGAUCCAUCGCCAAGACCUUGGGCAGAGAGUUCCACAGGAUCGCUCUGGGUGGCGUGUGCGACCAGUCUGAUAUCCGCGGGCACAGACGUACGUACGUGGGCAGCAUGCCUGGACGUAUAAUCAACGGGCUGAAGACUGUUGGGGUGAACAACCCGAUCUUCCUGCUGGAUGAGGUUGACAAGUUGGGGAAGAGCCUUCAGGGUGACCCGGCAGCUGCACUACUGGAGGUGCUGGACCCAGAGCAGAACCACAGCUUCACAGACCACUAUCUGAAUGUGGCCUUUGACCUUUCCCAGGUCCUGUUCAUUGCCACUGCCAACACAACAGCCUCUAUUCCAGCCGCUCUCCUAGAUCGUAUGGAGGUUCUCGAGGUUCCAGGAUACAGCCAGGAGGAGAAGAUUGAGAUCGCUCAUAGGCAUCUCAUUGCUAAACAGCUGUCGCAGCAUGGCCUGACCCCUCAGCAGAUCCAGAUUCCACUGGAAACUACGCAGGACAUAAUCACCAGGUACACACGCGAAGCCGGGGUCCGUUCCCUGGACAGGAAACUGGGAGCCAUCUGCAGAGCGGUUGCUGUGAAAGUCGCCGAAGGCCAACACCGCGAAGCCAAACCGGGGACAUCUGAUGUGACUUAUGUUGAUGAACACAGAGCAAACCUCUCCGAUGACCCCAGAUCCAAAGACGCUGACCAAGCAGACCUGCCCCUCCCUCCCGAGAUGCCAAUAUUGAUUGAUCGCCACGCACUGAAGGAUAUUCUCGGAGCGCCGAUGUACGAGAUUGAAGUAUUUGAGCGGCUGAACCAGCCCGGCGUGGCUAUCGGUUUGGCCUGGACUCCGCUAGGAGGGGAGAUAAUGUUUGUGGAAGCCAGUCGCAUGGAUGGAGAAGGCCAGCUGACACUGACUGGACAGCUGGGAGAUGUCAUGAAGGAGUCGGCGCAUUUGGCGAUCAGCUGGCUGCGCAGCAACGCUAAGACGUAUCAGCUAACCAACGCGUCUGGCAGCUUUGAUCUCCUUGACAACACCGACAUUCAUCUGCACUUCCCGGCUGGGGCCGUCACAAAGGAUGGACCGUCUGCGGGCGUUGCCAUAGUAACCUGUCUCGCCUCGCUCUUCAGCGGCAGGCUGGUGUGUUCAGACGUGGCGAUGACCGGAGAGAUCACGCUGAGGGGCCUUGUCCUACCUGUUGGCGGCAUUAAAGACAAGGUGUUGGCGGCUCACAGAUCAGGUCUGAAACGAGUGAUCAUCCCACAGAGGAACGAGAAAGACAUAGAAGAGAUCCCGCUGAACGUGAGACAAGAUCUGGAUUUUAUUUUAGCCGGAUCAUUGGAUGAUGUCCUGAACGCAGCAUUUGACGGGGGAUUUCUACUGAAGAGCGAGCAGGAGCUACUGAAUAGUAAACUUUGAUUUACAUAAAACACCCAGAAAGAAUGGAA